UUUUGUGUGGUUUUGUUGUUGUUUUGUUUAUUAUGCAUUUCUUUUUUAUUGUUUGAGUUAGCGAGUUGUGCGUCGCGUCGGCAGUUAAAUAAAAUCCGCGGCAUUUCGGCAGUUGCGGUUAAUAAUUGCUUGGCGGGAAUUGCAGUCGAAUAAGAAAUAGGCGAAGAAAACCCAACAAAUGUGCAAUGUGCGUCAAGUCAAUAGCAAUACAAACGAAUAAUUAUUGCUAACGUGAUCGCGUCAAGGCACAAAAACAUUCCAUGCAUCAUCAGCAGCGCCUGCGGCCAAAUGGCGGACGAGGUGGCACUGGAUUGGGCGCGGGAUCAGGAGGACCAGUGUCCGGUGGACACUCACCAUUGUGCGCCCAUUGCCGGGGCCAACUGCUGCCCCAUCCGGAGGAGCCCAUCGUGAUGGCCCUGGGCCAGCAAUGGCACUGCGAUUGCUUUCGCUGCUCCGUUUGCGAGGGCCAUCUGCACAACUGGUACUUCGAGCGCGAGGGAUUACUGUACUGCCGGGAGGAUUACUACGGCCGAUUCGGCGAUGCAUGCCAGCAGUGUACGGCCGUUAUUACCGGACCCGUAAUGGUCGCCGGCGAGCACAAAUUCCAUCCGGAGUGCUUCUGCUGCACGGCAUGCGGCUCGUUCAUCGGCGAGGGCGAAUCGUAUGCCCUUGUCGAGCGUUCGAAGCUCUACUGUGGCCAGUGCUAUGGCAAACGGUCCUGCCAGCCGGCGGAUGCCAAGGCGCGGAUCACGACCGCCGGCAAGCCGAUGCACUCCAUCCGCCUGGUCGAGAUACCCAAGGACGCCACGCCGGGUCUGCGGGUCGAUGGAGUGGCCCUCGACGACGGUUGUCCCACGGUCCGCAUUACAGAGAUCGAUGUGAACCUUACGAAUCUGCACAUUGGCGAUCGGAUCUUGGAGGUGAACGGCACACCAGUGAGUGAUUCGUCCGUGGAGCAGAUUGACAAGCUGAUACGAAGUAAUGAGAAGAUGCUUCAGCUGACGGUGGAGCAUGAUCCGGUGCAGGUGUGCCGCUCCUGCAGCCAAGCGGACAUCCAGCGGGCCAUGUCAGCGUCCACGUUAAUCCUGCCGCUCAGCACAUCGGCCUCCAGUGUCGAGGUGGGCAGGGAGCGACUGUACAAGACACCUGGGGAACAGGGCACGAAGGCCAGGAAACUGCGACAAGCCACCAAUGCCUCAACGACCAUACCACCCGCUGCUGGAGCUGGAGCCACCGCAAUGACGCAACUGAAGGAGAAGGAGCGCUGCUCCAGUCUGUCCAAGUUGCUGGAUGAACAGCAUCAGGCACAACAGCACUCGGCGCAUCCGCAGCUCUACGAUCUAUCCAGGACGCAAUCGUGUCGUGUGGUCCAGAAACCGCAGCGAAUCUUUCGUGCCUCCGAUCUGGUUAUCGGUGAAAAGUUGGGCGAGGGCUUCUUUGGCAAGGUUUUCAAGGUGACCCACCGCCAGAGUGGCGAGGUGAUGGUACUCAAAGAACUGCAUCGUGCGGACGAGGAAGCCCAGAGGAAUUUCAUCAAGGAAGUGGCCGUUCUCCGUUUGCUAGACCAUCGCCAUGUGCUCAAGUUCAUUGGUGUUCUGUACAAGGAUAAGAAACUGCACAUGGUCACGGAAUACGUGGCCGGUGGUUGUCUCAAGGAGCUAAUUCACGAUCCAGCCCAGGCACUCUCGUGGCCUCAGCGCGUCUGCUUGGCCAGGGAUAUUGCGUGCGGCAUGAGCUACCUGCACUCGAUGAACAUCAUCCAUCGUGAUCUGAACUCCAUGAAUUGCCUGGUGCGUGAGGAUCGCUCGGUCAUAGUGGCGGAUUUCGGGCUAGCACGUAGUGUGGACGCGCCGCGUCUGCCAGGUGGUGUGGCCUCCACGGAUCGCGGUGGCAAUAUGACGCCAGGCGGUUACGGAUCUGGCGCUGGCAGCGAUGCGGCCAUGUCACCGAGUGGAACCCUUAGGCGCAGCAAGAGCAGGCAGCGUAGGCAACGUUAUACGGUGGUUGGGAAUCCCUACUGGAUGGCACCCGAGAUGAUGAAGGGUCUCAAGUACGACGAGAAGGUGGACGUCUUCUCCUUUGGCAUUAUGUUGUGUGAGAUCAUUGGACGCGUGGAAGCUGAUCCGGAUUUUAUGCCCCGCAAUUCGGACUUUAGUCUCAAUCAGCAGGAGUUUCGCGAGAAGUUCUGCGCCCAAUGUCCAGAGCCUUUCGUUAAAGUGGCCUUUGUGUGCUGUGAUCUUAAUCCCGAUCUGCGUCCGUGUUUCGAGACUCUGCACGUUUGGCUUCUGCGUCUCGCCGAUGAUCUGGCCGCCGAUCGUGUGCCGCCAGAGCGCCUGCUGCACGAGAUUGAGACCUUUCAAGAAUGGUACACCAGCUCAGAGGACGCCUUGUCGCCCACCUCCCAGCGCAGCUUAAAUAACCUCAAUGAGCUGGUCAAGAGUGCGGUCGAUUCGGUCAUUACGCCCGUGGAAAAGGAGAAGGAGAACCUGGUGAUCAAGCCCCAGGAUAUACCCAAAUCUCCCCAUCUCGGCAAAGAUUUCUCGCCCAGCGGCGAGAGAUUGCGUGACAGUAUGCGGGCCAGGCGUCGCCAGCGUUUCCUGGGCGCCCAGGAGGAGCGACGUAAUCUCACGCCCGAGACGGAGUCCAAGGAAAGGGCUUUGAAGAAGGCGCUUAAGAAAUGCCGCCCGUUUGGCGAAAGAGGUUUCCUGGUCGAUCUGCGCCACGGUGCCGAACUGCAGCUACAGGAUGUCAGGGAUCUGAACACCUAUUCCGAUGUGGACUCCAGUUGCGAUACUAGCCUAAAUUACCAUGAUGUUAACAAUCUGCCAGCAGCGCAAGAGGACGAGAAUGCGGUGAAACCAGCGAGUGAGGAACUGGAGGAGAGCACAAUUAGACCCAGCAACCAGGAGUCGCAGCACCACCGGCUGGCCAUCGAUGAUAUGCGCACCCGCCUGAAUCAGUGCCGCAGCAAAUUCGAGCAUUUGGAGGAGGCCAGCCGGCGGAACUUCAACCAGUCGCAGCACUCCAUGAAAAACUUCUUCAAAACGCCACCGGUGGCCCUGAAAAUGUUCCAGCGCCUAGAGCAUGAGGCUGCCGCCCUGAAUGGGGGCAACAAUUGCCCACCGCCACCACCGCGUACGCAGCGCAUCAAUCAGACGCCAAUCUUUGGUCGAAAGAAUCCGCCCGUUGCGAUUGUGGGGCAAAAGCUGCAGCAUGCUGAGUCCCUAGAGAAUCUGGCCACCAGCGGAGUGGCCAAACAGUUGGCCACACCAGCGCCCAAGCGAAGCAAAGCCACAGCAACGACCAAAAGCCAGAGCAGCAACAGCACCGUUGUCAAUCCGCCACUUUUCCUGCCGACCAGCCUCAACAAUAGCGUCACAUUAACCAGCAAUGGAAAUGUGACCACCACGACCAAUACGAACAGCAGUUGUCCACCAUCCGCCCCAGACUGGCUGCCGAAGAAACACAAGCUAACGCUGCCACUUCCGCCGCUCCAGCAGCAGCGAACGAGCAGCAAUCAUCGCCUGCCAUCGAGCAAUAGCAAAGCGAAGACACUGAAGCCACUGCCCAGUCGCACAGGCACUCAAGGCAACACCGCCAGCAAUUGCGUUUCGCCCACCAGAAGCAACAGACCCGGAUCACCCAGCAAGCAUCUGGCCCAAAGGCACACUGCCGCCACGGCCCAGCGACUGACAAUUGCGGCCGCCACCCACCAGCAGCAUCAGCAACAAUCCUCGAAGACGACGCGCCUGAACAUCCUGAGUCCGGAAAAGGUGCAUCGCCUGGGCGCCCGCCUCACCGAUCAGAAGCAGAAAAUGCGCGAGGAGGCCGCAGCGACGGCCGCAGCCGGAUGUGCGGCAGGAACGGCGACGGGUACCUUAAAUGGUCAUCGGAACGGAGCCGCCGGAUUGCCGAAUUCGGCGGUCGGUGACCGGAGAAGGCGAGCAGCACCACCACCGCCGCCAGCUCGCACGCAUUUCAAUACGCGCUGCUAGCUGAUGGAAAAAGCCAUACUCUAUAUACGAUUGUCAAGUGUUGUGCGCGCAGUUUGUUGUGGUUCCACUCAGGAAGCAUCUGUAAGAAGCUCAAUGUUCUGCGAACAAACUGUCGUAAUUAGCGUAAAUGUUUUAACGAUAUAACUGUUGUUAUUCAUAUAACCAUUCGCUUUUGUAUCGUACAGAAUUAGCCAUUUUUCUAGUAUUCCACUACUCAAGCAUAAUGCCACUAAAUUUCUGUAACAUUUCCAUGGCUCUCCAUGUAGAGGCACUUUUUUUUGUUUAAAUAUAUAAUGCCUUUUUUAUGUAUAUAACUUUAAGGAACCAGUGAACUGUCUGUCCCGCUGUUAUAAACGCAACUGUUAUACGCACAUGACAAGAUCAACAUUCCGAAUUCAACAUUUGAUUAAGCGUUUCAACUAAACGAAGGUUAAGUGCCUGUUAGGAAAGAAAAACCAACAAGUUGCAAUAUUUACAUAGAUUGUAUAAACCAUGCGAAUAAUUAUAGUGUGUAAGAUUACAGGGUAACAACUGUUUCGACUAACCUAACAAACUCAACUAGAAGCAAAGCUAAGCAAUUACUUGUUUAACCCACUAUUGUCUGAAAGAGAUAGAGAAGUACGGAUAAAGAGAGAUAGGAGAAGAAGGAAGAAACUUGUGCCAUGAUGUUGAGCGAAAAACGAACGAAUCUGAUGAAUCCUUGAGAGUAGAAGAUCCCACCCGCGAGAAAAGACAAAAGGAACGAAAAGAACUUUAACUAGAAAAAAUUGUGGUUUAAAUAUUUUUUGAUAUACAGCGUAUAUGAAUGUAUUUGUAAAACUAUUCCAUAACUAUAUCUAUAUAGAUAAACGUAUUCCAUGUUAGUGCUUAAAUCUAAUUUAUUAUUUAUCGAUUCUCGACCCAUCCACCACCCCCCGCCCCGUCCCCUCAUUCCAAGAACAAUAAUUAACAAUGCUAAGAAUGAAACUUUUUUGUAUUAAUGAGGAAAAGUCUAACUGCUAUACCUAAAUAUACAAAUAAGAAUGUUUUUGCUCAACGGCGACUUUUAGUUGUACACACACAGACACUCAUACACGCUAACUGUUAUACAAAAGAAACGCACACGCUAACUGUUAUACAAGAGAAACGCACACGCUCAAGCCUAAUACUGUUAUACUGUGUACUUUAUAUAUAGCCAUUAUAUACCUAAACCUAAACAUAUAGGAUCGAAACGCUUGCAAUUAACCGCUUCUAUAAGACACUUGAGCCGGGCCCUUGUUAUACGGACGUAUGCCAGUAGAACAGUGGCCGCGCCGAACCGAUCUAGCAUUUAACUAUCUAUAUAUAUAUACAAAUAUAAACAAAUAUGUGCGAUAUUUUUUAUAUGCAGCUAA